UUUACAGUACGUGUUGUUUUGGAAUUAGAAGAGGGGAAGCAAUGCAUAGUUGUUGGAACCUUGUACAAGCACAUGAAACUUAAACCUUCAAUUCUUGAGGAGUACUCUAAGGAGAGAACUGUUGCCCCACUUGUCAAGGUACAUAAUUUUAUGCACACAGAUGAUUACCUUGUCUUAGAAGAUGAAAGUGGAAGAGUUAAGCUUAGUGGCCAUGCUCUUUCACCUCCUGUUUAUGUUACAGGGGUGGUUGUUGUUUUGCAUGGAAAAGCAGGACCUGGUGAUUUCGAUGUUGAAGAUGUUUUGGAAGUUGGCCUACCUCCACAAAUUGAGAGAUCACUUAAAUCAAAAGAAGACAUAUAUGUUGUUUUUGUAUCUGGGUUGCGAGUUGGAAGUGGCAAUUCUAACCCUCUCCAGUUUCAGCUUCUUGUUGAUCACAUUACUGGACAUCUAGGAGAUGAAGAGGAACAAGGUAUUGCAGCACAAAUAGUUCAAGUUGUAAUUGCUGGAAAUUCAUUUGAAAUUGCUCGAGAACUUCUUAAUGGACAGACUUUGGCUUCAAAGGAUCAAUCAAGGUUAUCCGAGCCUAUUAAAGAGCUGGGUAUCUUGUUGACCCAGGUUCUUUUGUUCUUCUGA